AAAGGGGGCGGGGGGAGUGGGGCCAGGGAAAAGAAGAUCGAGAUGGGACACUGAACUUUUCCCUUUUCUCAUACACGGGUUUUAGGCUGGGCUCCGGAGGGUUCCCACAGCUUCCCGAGUUGGUGGGCAGGAGGGAACCGAGCCUCUGAGAGUGUAUUAGCUGGAUUUUGCUGUUUUGUGUCCAGGCAGGAAUUUGGUUUGAGAGUUGCCUUUUCUGAUUAGCGCUCCUGUUUAAGACUGGAAUGUGCGGCUUAGGUCAGGGGAAAGCAAGGGGCUGAAUGAACUUCCCCUGCUUCUGUUCCUUGCUGACUUUCUUUCUGCAGGUUUUCGGCAUUCCAGGGGACUCAAAAAACUUCCGCACACGCUAGCCAGGGAGCUAAUCCUGAAAAAGAUCUGUUGCUUUAAGCAGGCACUGGAGGAGUAGCCUGACACUCCUUAUUUUGAUUUUACAUUAGAAAAAAGAGAGAGGGAGGGAGGGAGGAUGCCGCUGUAGGUUACUUCCCAGUUGACUAUUUUGCUCUCUGCUGUGAAUGCUGUUCUUCUGAAGUGAUUGACUUCAAACCCUUAAUACAGGAGCAUCUGGAGGAACCUACUAUUCACAGAGGCUCCCUGCUUGAUCCUCACUCUGCCCAGGAUCUCCUCUAUCUCAGAGGCAAAUAUUUUUGAUUUCAUCAAGUUUUGAAUGAUUUUGACAUAAUGACAGCAGAAGAUUCCACUACAACAAUGAGCAACGAUUCCACCAACGUGUCGGCGGCCAAAGUUCCUGAAGGUAUAGCUGGGGCACCUAAUGAGGCUGCCCUCCUGGCCCUCAUGGAGCGUACAGGUUAUAGUAUGAUACAGGAGAAUGGGCAACGCAAAUAUGGUGGGCCUCCCCCAGGUUGGGAAGGGCUGCACCCCCCACGUGGCUGCGAAGUCUUCGUAGGUAAAAUUCCCCGAGAUGUGUAUGAAGAUGAGCUGGUACCAGUAUUUGAAUCAGUUGGGCGUAUCUAUGAGAUGCGGUUGAUGAUGGACUUUGAUGGGAAGAACCGUGGCUACGCUUUUGUCAUGUACACUCACAAGCAUGAAGCCAAGCGUGCCGUGAGGGAACUGAACAAUUAUGAAAUCAGACCGGGCCGACUUCUAGGAGUCUGUUGCAGUGUGGAUAACUGCCGACUAUUCAUUGGUGGUAUCCCUAAGAUGAAAAAGAGAGAGGAGAUACUGGAAGAGAUCUCUAAAGUGACUGAAGGGGUACUAGACGUUAUUGUGUAUGCAAGUGCAGCCGAUAAAAUGAAGAAUAGAGGGUUUGCAUUUGUGGAGUAUGAGAGCCAUAGGGCGGCGGCCAUGGCCAGAAAGCUCAUGCCCGGAAGAAUCCAACUGUGGGGACACCAGAUUGCAGUGGACUGGGCAGAGCCAGAGAUAGAUGUUGACGAAGAUGUCAUGGAAACCGUGAAGAUCCUAUACGUGAGAAAUCUGAUGAUUGAAACAACUGAGGAGACGAUUAAAAAGAGCUUUGGUCAGUUUAAUCCUGGUUGUGUAGAGAGAGUUAAAAAGAUCCGGGAUUAUGCAUUUGUUCACUUCACCAGCCGGGAAGAUGCUGUACAUGCUAUGAACAGCCUCAAUGGCACUGAACUUGAAGGCUCUUGUCUUGAAGUUACUUUGGCCAAGCCAGUAGACAAAGAGCAGUACACACGCUAUCAGAAGGCGGCCAAAGGAAGUGUAACAACAGAAGUAACACCUCAGCAGCCUAACUAUGUUUACUCAUGUGAUCCCUAUACAUUGGCCUACUAUAGUUAUCCCUACAAUGCUCUGAUUGGGCCCAACAGAGAUUAUUUUGUGAAAGCAGGGAGCAUAAGAGGCCGAGGGCGAGGUGCAGCUGGCAACAGAGCCCCAGGCCCUAGGGGAUCUUACCUCGGGGGAUACUCUGCAGGCCGUGGCAUAUAUAGCCGAUAUCAUGAAGGGAAAGGAAAGCAGCAAGAAAAAGGAUAUGAGCUUGUACCGAAUUUGGAAUUACCUGCUGUCAAUCCAGUUGCUAUUAAACCCGGUACAGUGGCCAUCCCUGCCAUUGGGGCCCAGUAUUCCAUGUUUCAGGCAGCCCCUGCUCCUAAGAUGCUGGAAGAUGGCAAAAUCCAUACAAUGGAACAUAUGAUCAACCCCAUAGCAGUCCAACCAGACCCAGCCAGUGCUGCUGCUGCUGCCGCUGCCGCCGCUGCUAUCAUGCCUGCUGUUUCAACCCCUCCACCUUUCCAGGGCCGCCCAAUAACUCCUGUAUACACAGUAGCUCCGAAUGUCCAGAGAAUUCCUGCGGCUGGGAUCUAUGGUGCCAGUUAUGUCCCAUUUGCUGCUCCUGCCACAGCCACCCUAGCCACACUACAGAAGAACGCCGCAGCCGCAGCUGCGGUUUACGGAGGUUAUGCUGGAUACAUACCUCAGCCAUUUCCUACUGCUACAAUUCAGGUUCCCAUACAUGAUGUCUACCAGACAUACUGAGAUUAAGGGGGGUCAUGAAAACAAACAAACAAAAAACCACUGAAGGAACACUUUACUAUUUAUGAAGAAAGUACCUACUGCAGAAGAACAUGCUUGAACUUUAGUAAAUAUAUGUAAAACCCUGAAAGUGAAGAAUGUUAUCAGAUAUUAAUGUUGAAAUAUUUUAUAUUCAUAAAGUCACUAGUUUUUGUGACUUUUAAAGUGAAUGCACCUGUAUUCAUUCCUACAUUUCUCAGAGAGUUCAACUUGCGAUGCCUUAAUAUGAUCUCUACUUACUCACAUGUAUACAAUAGUAUGUUUAUAAAGGUUUUUUUUUUUAGUAAUUAUAUUUUCGGUAUGAAGGUUAUUUUCUUAACUUCUGCACUCCAGAGAUGUUUAUUUUGUAGUGCCUUUAAUAAAUAUAUUGACUAUAUAUAUUAUAUAUUAAGAAAAACAUCCAUUCAGCCAGGUAAUAUUUUGAAAAGAUAUAUUCAAUAUUUAAAGAUACAAAAAAAAGUAGUGCUUUAACAUACACAUACACACACACACACACACACACACACAGAGUACCUUAUUUAAAAAUAAUCCUGGAAAGUGCAAUUUUAAGAUGAGUGAAGUUGCUAUGUUUUUGCCAGCCAUUGGAAUGAUGGAGCCAUCUAGGAUACAUUUUCUUUUUGAUAAAAAUUGAAACAAACUGUCCUUCAUCAUCUAGGAGGAAGGGGCCUCAGAGUCCUGAGAGAUUUCUUAGAUUUCUGUCUCUCCCACCUACUAUGCUCUUCCUCAUUUUCCAUUUACCUUUGUCCUCCGAAACUGGACAAUGUGGACAUUUGGUAAAUGAGUUGUUAGAAACAAAGAAUUACUGAGUACUCCACUCAACUACUUUUUUUGGUAGUAUCUUUUUAUCUGUGCUUUGGUGCUUAUGCUGAAGCCCAACUAUUCUAUAGAGCCUGCAAGAGAGAGUGCCUCUCCUAGCUUGUUCAUCAUCCAGGCCAAAAUUGAAUUUUCUUUCCAAUUCUCUUGAAUUUUGUUUGUUUGUGAAAUUUAAGUUGUAGUGACAGAGAAUGUGCGCUUUAAUUGUAGACAGGGUCCAAAAGAGUUCUUGUCAGCCAGAAAGUUAUGCUUUAUCUACUUGUAGUCUUGUGAUCAUGUUUCAUGAUAAAUUUCUGCUGUAGUUGGGAAUAUGAGAAAUACUGUGCUUAUAAAACGGGGCUUUCCUCCAUUCACUGUGCACCGGUAACUUCCACUUUGGAUUCCAGGAGGAGGAGGAGGAGAAGAAACCUGUAGGAGUUUUCAAAGUUUGUAAAUAUCUUCUACUUAGACAUUUUUAAAGUUGUUUUAUGUUGCAAAAAGUACAUGGUGUGUGUUUUACCUGAAGAUGAAACCGUUUUAUUUCAAUGUUAUUAGUAAGGUUGUUGUUUUUUGUUGUUGUUGUUGUUUUUGUUUCUAUUAGGAAGUAACUAUAUUAUUGCAGUGUUCUGUGGCCUGUUUAAGGGCUUUUAUUUAGCAGACUGAAUGUAAAAUACAGUAAAAUGUUGAUUCCCACCCACUUUAUGAACUGCAUCAGCUUUGAUUAGAGAACUUAAGAAAGUGAGGUGUGCAAUAGGUAACGAAUAUGCAGUUAUGUUUUUAUGUCAUUUUAUGGAUCCACAAAAUCUUUCCACCUGUUGAAUUUUUGCUCGUGGCAGUAUGAAAUUUACACGUGUGGACAGAAAGCAGGAUCAUUCCCUUAGCAAAUAUUUUAGAUUUUGUUUAAAUUAAAAGAUUCUCAAAUGCCUAUUUUCUCAUCUUCUGAUGGGAAGGGUUUUUUAUAUAUAAACAAUAUUUAUUUAACUAUUCUAUAAAAUUAUUGAGUGCCAGGUGAUGCCUUUAUACAUUCUUAACAUUCUUUUCCAUGAUUUUGAAAACAACACUUUAGAGAAUAGAGCAAUUGUGCAAUGUUCUAAAAAACACAUCUAGAAACCUGCAUCCAAACCCUAGCCUAUGAGACUUAAUAAUAUAUUGAGAUUUUAUUUGGGCCAGAUCUUCAUCCUGUGAAAGUGAAAUUUUCUCUUUCGUUGGCAGUAGUGGAGAAUUUCUAUGGAGCUUUUUUUUUUAAUAGGAUGAGACUCUGACACCUUGUUCUUACUGUAUUUUACAUGUGCCUGUAAAUUAAGUGGAGGAAAAAAAAGGAAGAAGAAAAGGUAUCUUAUCUUGGCAAAUACCAAACUACCUUUAAACUGAUGUAAGUGACAUAGCCAGUUAGAUAUCAAUGAGCCUCCUAUCUCUGGUCUGUCUGUACCUGUUGUUUCAAAACCAUUUCAUGUACACUACUGAGGUAAGUCUAUAACUUGAAAUGUGAAGUUUUGGGGGUUUUUUGUGUUUUUUUUGUUUUUAGGUUAAGAACAAACUAGACCAAAAAGUUUAGUGUGACCUAUUUUUGAAUGUGGGAGUAGUUUAGUUAUUAUCUUUACUUUCUUUGUAUUUUGGAAAGCUUUAAAGUUUAUUUAGUUCUUGCUCCUUUUAUAGUACAUUCUUAGGAUGUAGUUAAUAAAGCAUUCUUUAAAGUAA